GUAUUAUGUUACAACAUUGUCUUGUCUUGUAUGUGAGCAAGUAAAAAUUGAAUAAAAAGGAGAAUAAAAAGAAAAGGGAAGCUCUACUCUCUUUUUCCGUGUUGUAAUUUUCCACUAGCCCAUCUUUAUCUUCUCUAAUGGCGUAAUGCUUAUGAUGAUUUAGACUGUUUUCACCAGGCUCAGGGAGUGAAAUUUGACAAGGGGAUCGAGUAUGGCGGUGGUUGAGAAUGCCGACUCAACGAAUCGGGGUGACUCAGUGGUUCAGAACUCGGGGGAUCACUCCAAUGGGGACCCCACUUUCUGGUCAAAUGAUCAGACAGGGUUUGUUAAGAAUCAGCAGCAACAGACCAACAAGGUGGCGGCUCAUCGUACUAACGGCGAGGGUGCUCAACACAUGAGCUUAGUUGAGCUGCAGAAGGGUCACAGUGUGAAUGGGAAUGGUGGGGCCCACCAGAUGAUGAGGAAUAAUAAUGGGGUGGGGGUGGAUGUGAGGAGAAAUGGUGGUGAUGAUGAUGGGGAGAGUUAUAAGCAGGAGAUGAGGGAUUUGGAGGAAAUGUUGUCGAAAUUGAAUCCUAUGGCUGAGGAGUUUGUGCCGCCUUCGCUUGUUGUUAAUUAUAAGCCAGUGGUGCAGCCGAUUGUUCCCGGGGGUGCUCAUUUUGGAUAUGUCGUUGCUGAUAAUAAUUUUGUUAUGCAAGUCAAUUCUCCGGUUGCCAAUGGAAAUUCCACUAGAAGGAAGAAAAAUGGCUAUGGCCAUGCAAAGAGGAGGAUGAAUAGCAGGACCAGUAUGGCUCAAAGAGAGGAAAUUAUUAGGAGGACAGUUUAUGUUUGUGAUAUUGAUCAGCAGGUUACUGAGGAACAACUUGCAGCUCUAUUUAUCACUUGUGGGCAGGUUGUCGACUGUCGUGUCUGUGGUGAUCCUAAUUCUGUUCUCCGCUUUGCCUUUGUAGAGUUUAUGGAUGAGGAAGGUGCAAGGAACGCUUUGGGUCUCGCAGGAACUAUGCUUGGUUUUUAUCCGGUCAGGGUUUUGCCUUCAAAAACUGCAAUUGCACCUGUUAAUCCAACAUUUUUACCACGCUCUGAGGAUGAAAGGGAGAUGUGUUCAAGAACCAUCUACUGUACAAAUAUCGAUAAGAAGGUUACUCAAGCAGAUGUCAAACUCUUUUUCGAGCAUUUUUGUGGAGAGGUUUACCGCUUGAGGCUUCUUGGAGACUAUCAUCAUUCAACUCGUAUUGCUUUUGUAGAGUUUGUAAUGGCUGAGAGUGCUAUUGCAGCACUAAACUGUAGCGGUGCUGUUAUGGGAUCACUGCCGAUUAGGGUAAGCCCAUCAAAGACUCCAGUCCGACCACGUGCUCCACGCCCGACCAUGCAGUGAGACUGCCUGGCAUCUCCACUUAGCGAUAUCAGCUGAUAUAUAUCUACUUAUACAUACCUAGAUACGGAGUUAACUUUAAGGUAUUGCGGUCCUCUACAAUCUGGAGCCUGGCAAAUUCCAUCUAGGGGUUGUUUAUGGAAGGCACCGUCGAUGUGGAGUUUGGAUGGGAUCUGAAGGCUUUAGUCGGUUUAUUUAAUGUUGCAUGUUAAGUUGAAUUCUGUUGGCAUUGGCCAAACUAGUUGACUUCUAAACAUGAAACCUCUUGAAAGCUUUGUUUUAUGGGAUUCUUCUAUGCCUGUCGCACUUCAGUGGUUAAAGUAUGUGGAAAUGUUCUUCUGAA